AAAAGAUACGAAGCCAGGGAGAGAAAUAGUGCAAACUCGAAGCGGUGCAGCAGGAUGAUUAAAAAACAUAGACAGAAUGCUUUUACUCAACUUCUGCUGCUCAUUUGCAUUUUCACACUCUUGUUUUCACCAACCUACAGUGCAGGUCAUAAAGCAGUUCAUCAAGUUCGAGCAGGAACUUGUGAAGUCGUAGCGUUACAUCGAUGCUGCAAUAAGAACAAGAUUGAGGAGCGUUCUCAGACUGUCAAAUGUUCCUGCUUUCCGGGACAAGUAGCUGGAACCACACGAGCUGCACCCUCCUGUGUAGAUGCCUCCAUAGUGGAGCAGAAGUGGUGGUGUCAGAUGCACCCGUGCUUGGAUGGGGAGGAGUGUAAGGUUCUGCCUGAUCUUAAAGGAUGGAGUUGUGUCUCAGGAAACAAGAUCAAGACCACAAAGCACAUCCGACAGCCAAAAGCAGACGUAGAAAAGGCCAAGAAGGUCAAAUGA